GCUUGUGGCGGUGCGGGGAGUGGUGUUCCCUGAGUGAGAGUGAGAGGGAGGGGCGCAACAGGCUGCCACUCCCCGUCUCCCUGGCGACCGAGCGAGGGGAGACUUGCUUGUGACGACCUACCUGGCUCUCACACGCUGUCUUCCCUCGCUCCCUGCUGCUGUGUCGUGCACUCUGCUGUGACACUCAUCUACAACCUUCACCUCUUCUACUGCUUUGGGAUUUACAUCUAGUAAACACUAGAGCAUGCAUCUACCAGACACAGCUGUGGACCUGUAUCUAGAAAACCUGUGGGUCCUGCCCAUGGAGCCUGUAUCUGUAAUACCUCUGUGGGUCUUGUGUUAGAAGAGACAGCUCUAGGACCUGUAUCUCUGGGACCUACGUCUAACACGGACAGCUCUGGGACCUACGUCUAACACGGACAACUCUGGGACCUGCGCCUAACAGACACCUCUGGGACCUGCGUCUAACAGACACCUCUGGGACCUGCGUCUAACAGACACGUCUGGGACCUGCGUCUAACAGACACCUCUGGGACCUGCGUUUAACAAGACACUCAUCCAGGAGACUCGAGUAAGACACGUCAGUAAUGAGGCUAGCUUAGACAUGUGUUGUUGUGAUCGUCCUGAGGAACAAAUGAACCCACACGGCCUCAUGGGCUGAAUGGGGCUUGAAACAAGGUUAAACCAGUGUGAUAAUUGAGACGUUAGUGUGGUGAAGUGGAGAAGUGUUUUGAAAGAGUUAAUAUGUUAGGUGGAUCGUUUCUUCCUCACCACACAUGUACACUACCAAGAAUACUUUAUUUCCAAAAAUAGUAAUUAAGGUAAACUUCCAGUGUAUAUACGGUGUGUAUAUAUAUCUUUGAGUAUACGUUAUGGGCUACUGCUGCUGCUGACGAGGAUGACCUCUGGUGAACGUCAACUUAGACGUUGAAGGCUGUGUAUCUCAGCUCACUAGAAAGGUACAUAUACAGAAGCGAGGUGGAGAAGCAUCACCAGGAAGAAGAGAGAGGUGAGGGGAGGUAUACAAGGAGAGGUUAUGAUGGCGUGUGUGAGGUGUGCCAUGGGUGAGGUAGCAGCUGCCUUACCUCUGUCUCCACCCUACACCUCACCUCUCAUCCACACAGCCUAGCCACCAAGGAUUGUGAGGAUGUGUUGGUGCAGCGAAUGCUGUGUGAUGAUGGUGGUGGUGAUGGUGGUGGUGACGUGGGUAGCGGUAACUACAGCCUCUCCUGCACCACACAACACGGCGCUCAAUUACUCACACGGUUUUAGCGCUUCACAUAGAUAUGUUUAUGCAAGAGACUCACGUCUUCUGGGCUCACUACUCGCCUCCCUCCCCAACAGCAGCAAAACACACACCUACAGCAGCACUCGCAACCACAGAAGCAAAAGACACGAAAGCAGCAACAGACACAACAACAACAGCAGCAACAGGCACAACAGCAGCAGCAGCAGCAACAACAGGCACAACAACAGAAGCAGCAACAGGCACAACCACAGCAGCAACAGACACAACCACAGUAGGACGCACAACAGCAACAAAACACACAGUCACCCCAGCAGCAAACACCAUCACCCUCGCAUACAACCUUCCUUCAAAGCUGUGAGAGAGCGGCUCCAGGGAGAGAGUGAUGCACUCCCGGAGAGACUACGACUCUCUCAGAGUGUAUUAAGAAAACUGUUGGAAUCAAAGGAAGGCAAGGCACUCAGCCACUCCGAGGAGAGGAAAGAGGAGGAUGAGAGUCGGGAUGUAAGAGAGGUUGACAAGUGGCAGUGUCUGAGAGAGUGGUUGAGAGCACAUCAUCUUAACACUUCUAAGAAGCAACAGACGACUUGUGACAAGCACAGAGAGGAGGAUGUGCACACAGUUCCAGACAAAGUAGCAGAGGAGUGCGCACCACUGCUGCUUCUGGUGAUCCCAACACUGUGUAAUGGAACUCACAGCUGCAUCAACGUAACUGAGGCUUCGCUGGAGACCUUCAUACAUCGUUACUUCGUGUGGGAGCGCAAGAAGAAGCAACGGGAGGAAGAUAACGAUGCUGUCAUCUACAUCGUCGUGGUGCUCGCCUUCUACUCCUUUGGCAUCGUCUUCAUGAUGGCCAACUUCGUACGUCAGGAACAGCGUGAACUAGAGGAAACCAAGAUGUACAAGCAGUAUGUUAAGCUGGCCCGAGACCGCUGGCUCACUACACGGGGCAACCUGGCUAACAAGCUGGCACUGCAGGCACUUAACACCUUCAAUGCUGUGCCACAAACAACUGACGUCAACAAGGUUACCUUUGUGUGAACAUCAGGUUACCUUAAUGAAGACAAAGACAAGUUGCACAACAACCGUUUGUUGGGACAAUGUUUUGCUGUGUGUAGAGCUGAAGUCAACAGAGCAUCGGAGCUCAAAGUUGUCCCAAGAAAAGCCUCACCUGGAACAUAUUUCCUUAUUACUGUUGGUAGCGAUUAAAAAAUUAUAUUAUAUUAUUUUCUAAAGAACUGGUUAGGGAAGCCAGCGGAAAACCUCGGUUAUAUGACCACAAGUGCCACUGACUGGUCAUCAUAAGCCAGGAAGCAUGUGUCCUCUUUUCCUGACCAAUGUUACCUGUUGACAGUACGUCAAUUGUAUCCUUGUAUGUAAAUCGUGCUUAUUAAGCCGGACUUACCGGAUAGGUCGAACUCCCUUUAAAAUUUGACUUUCAGAAAAAAAUAUCUUAUAGACUGAUAGAUAUAUUUUUUCACUGACAGUGAUAUAAAAUAUAUUUUUGGAUCAAACUUAACUCAGAAACCUCACCUAACUUACUUUUUUUUAGCUAACUUCUGCUAUGUAUAGCAUAGGUCAGUUGAAAUUAUUUAAUAUUGCUACAACUCAAUAAUAUGUAUUUAUUAUCGUUAUCUUCAGAUUGAUAUCCGAUGAUUUAUGGAAAAAAAAUCAUUCUAAUUCGGCCGAAUUCUUGCCGAAUAAGUCAAACUUGGCAAUUCAGCUUA